AUGGCAGAUUUACCUAAACGUUUGCCGAUUGACUAUCCUGAAUGGCAGGCUGCAGUCGAGGAGCACGAUCUUGUUGGAAAGACGGUGCAUGCGGCUGAGCUUGCGUCUGCUUCUAAGAUGACUUACGCCCAAUUUUUGCUCUUGCGCGUUCUCUGGAAAGUCCAUCUCAGAGAUCAACUCUCUCACCUGCCCUCUGUCUUGGAGCCCUAUCUUGCUCAGGCUAAUGAGCUGCUCUCUGAAUUUCGUUCCUGGGCAGCUUAUUGCCGUAGUAUCAAAAACGCAAAGAUUCCAGACGGCAGCUUUGCGAUUGCUCGACAUUACCAAAUCAAAGCCGCUAACAAUAGGCAGCAUAUGCGACCAGAUAGCUUCGAUACGCCUGUUGCCAGGCAAAGAGCUACCACGCGCAGGCAUCGGGGGAAUUUGUUGGAUGAGUUCAGGACAAUGGGUGUUGACGACACACCAUCUAAGAAUCCCACUUCGGCGUCCCAAAUGCCAACUUUCGAGGAAUCUGAUGACGAUGAUUCGCUUGUGCAAGAAGAGUCAGAGACAGAGUCAGAAGUGCCAUCGGCACCCGUCACCCCAGCUGCCCAAGUUUCUGAUGAGCUCCAUAACCUGAUGUAUCCACCUACCAAGGAUGAGCAGAUUGUCAACACGGCUCUUGUGGUAUUCCUCAAUGCCCUCACAAUUCAUUUCGACGUUAUCAAGCGUUGUGACUGGACUCUGCACAGGAAAGCUUUCCUUGCCCAUUUUGAAGCCGCUAAAUUCGAAGCUCGGACCGACGGAUAUCUCGAUGACGGUAAUGAAAAUCCUUGGGCUCUCAUCGAGGUUAAGCCUGUCACCAGACGUGGACUUAGUCGGGUGCAUGUAUCCCAAAAUCGGCACGAGAUUUUCAUCACUAUCGCAGAAUACGACAGCGGAUACGUGUCUUAUCUGAAAACGAAGCCCGCGGAUGACGAACCUCCUUCAUUCAUGACCAUGCAUCAGUACGGACCUUGGAAUACCGAAAGUGCCGGAGAUAUGAGGAAGCUGGGUCCAAUUCUACUUGCUCUUACUCUCUAUGCGGAGGCUGAGGUUAAGAAGGCAGACGACCGUCGGCGUUCAAGUUGGUAG